UGUUGCAGUUUUAAAUAAUAUAAUGCUAUGUGAAUUACUGUAAACUUAUCGAAUGCCUUUUAUGUCUGUCACAACUACUAUGUUUCAAUAAAGUUUCCAAGAAAAUUUUUUAUUGUCACUCUCUUCACAAUGUCGCUAAAACAAUGUCUUCAUUUCUUACCUCAAAUUGUUUUUGUUUGUGCUUUCAUUGGAACAGUAGAGAUGCUUCAAGUGGACAAUGUAACACAGCUGGAAUCGACUAAGACAUCACCUUUUAAUAAGUCUGUCACAACUGCAAAUGUUAUCACACAUGAGAAUACCACCAAUAUGACCGAAUACGAAGUAACAACGAAAAUGAAAAGAAUUGAAUGUGUGUGUCAGAGCGAGUAUCCAAGUGAUUGUGAUGGAAAAGAUAUUUGUAUUGCUUUCUAUAGUUGUUUCUCAGUUGUUGGCCGAUCUGAGAAUGGAGAAGGGUACAGGAGUGUCAUCCAGAAGGGCUGUUUGAAUUAUGAAUCUCCUGCUUUUAUGAUGUGCAAGUUGUCACAAAACGAUGAACUAAACAUGCAGUGUUGCGACACAAAUAUGUGCAAUAAAGACAUUGAUCCAGUUUUGACAGUGACUGAUGUUGUGCCAAAUGAUAGCAACUCAAAAGUGUCGAUCUCAGUUUUGAUUCCACUGGGUGUUCUGUUUCCCUUGGUCAUCAGCUUCAUUGCUGUUUUCAUCUGCUGGAAGAAUCAUAGAAAAAGGAUGCAGAAACUUGAAGAAAGACCUAUGAAAUCCCGCCAUUUUGAAGGUGGUCUCCACGUUCAAGCUGUCGGAGAAAGCACUCUUUGGAAUAUGAUGACGUCCCCAAGUUCCUCUGGAAGUGGAUCUGGCUUGCCGUUUUUAGUUCACAGAACAGUUGCUAGACAGAUACAUUUAGCAGAUCGGAUAGGUAAAGGACGAUAUGGUGAAGUAUGGCGAGGCAUUUAUCAAGGAGAAUCAGUUGCAGUAAAAAUCUUCUCAUCUCGAGAUGAAGAAUCAUUCAACAGAGAAACAGACAUUUACAACACAGUCAUGUUACGUCAUGCUAAUGUAUUGUGUUAUUAUGCUUCCGAUCGAUUGUCAAGAAAUUCGUGCACAGAGUUGUGGCUUAUUUGUUCAUAUCAUCCAUAUGGUUCUUUAUAUGAAUAUUUACAAAGAGCUACACUUGAUCAAAGAACAAUGAUUAACUUGUGCAAGACUGCAGCUCUGGGUCUUUCUCAUCUGCAUAGUGACAUCACUGGUGUUAAAGGAAAACCACCAAUUGCUCACCGAGAUGUGAAGACUAAAAACAUUCUUGUUAAAACCGAUUUGACUAGCUGUAUUGCUGAUCUUGGCCUUGCAGUGUUAUUGAAGGAUGAUAAUUCAGUUGAUAUAUGUAAGAACAACUAUCGGGUUGGAACGAAGCGCUACAUGGCUCCGGAAGUUCUUGAUGAAACACUAAAUGUGAAAAAUUUCGAUAGUUUUCGCCAAGCCGAUGUUUAUGCUUUCAGCCUUGUUUUGUGGGAAGUUUGUAGGCGUGGUCUUAUCGGAGGUAUUGCAGAGGAAUACAAACCACCUUUCCAUGAUGUAGUUGGGCAUGAUCCAAGCUUUGAAGAGAUGCGAAAGAUUGUAUGUGACUGUAACCACAGGCCAGUUAUACCUAAUAGAUGGCAGACUGACCAGAACAUGAAUAUAAUUGUGAAAUUGAUGAAAGAAAUGUGGACUUCAAAUGCAGCUUCCCGUCUCACUAUGCUCAGAGUUAAGAAAACAUUGUCAAAAGCAUUGGACUCGAUUGAAGUGAAAAAGUAUCCUAAAGCUGGUUUCUGUGAAAAAGAGUUGCUGAUACCAAGAUCAGAUAAAGUUGAUGAUAGUGCUUAUGCACCAAACUUGUUGAAACAAUCCGAUGAAAACAUUGCCUGACGAAAUAAUAUUGUGAACUGACCAGUUGGAAUCAUGAAUAUAGACUAUAUUUUACAAAGUGUUAAAAUUUGCCAAACCUUGUCUUUUGACUUUUGACUACUUCGUUUUUAGUAUUUUUUUAGAAUCAUGGGACUUCUGAAUCUGAUGAUAUUUUCCUGUACUGGUCGGUUUGGCGGAUGGUAGUGAGUUUUCGAACUUUGUCUGCAGAUGCUGUGUUUAUCUAAAUAAAAGAUAUCAGGUUCUAUGGGUUUGUUUACGCACCAAUGGAAAGCUUUUGUAACAAAACAAGGUGCUUUGACUAUGACUCAGCUUGUAUCACUGACUGUAUUUGUUCAACCUAUAAAGCUGCGAUAUUCCUGCUAAGAAUUUAAAUUAUUAAUAUGUUUGAACAUUUGUUAGAUGGCUCAAUAUUUUUUCAAUCAAAUUCAUUUCGAAAUACAUGCAUCCACCAUAAUCAUGGUUUCUAUAAAGUGAUGUGUAUAGUGAUAAUGUUUUCAUAUCAAAAUGUUUUGUCUUUGUUCUAGUUCCUUUUCAUUUACCUGAUCUUUACAUUUGGUUGUUUUUACUGAUGAAAGAUUUUGCAAAUUUUGUAAUGUUUUUUUUUUAUUUGUCAUGGUCAUUUUUUCUUUUUUAAAUAAUGUAGAUAGGAGUAAUCAAAGUGAUGUGAGCAUGGUUUUAUUGGAUUCAUCGAGCCAAAGGCUUCACAGCCUACCCGUUUCCCUCAACCGGUUACCAUAAUACUUGUUUCUGCUUCUAAGAGAUCGUUUAAGUUGAUUUACUGACAUCCUAAUUGAUUAUAAUAAGAAGUGAGGUAUUAUUUUGCUGUGUGAGUAUAAUUAUGUCAAUUUUUUAUACCCGAACUAUUUUAUAUUGUGUCAUAAUAUGGUGCUUUUUCAGCAGUGUAAUAUUUUCUUGUAAAUACACUUUUAUUGUAUUUCAAA